AUUACCAUUCCGAGCACACCAGCCCUGGUCAGAAAUGGAGCAGGGUAUAGGUGGUUGACAGUCGAGGAGCAGAGGGGGGUUGGAUGUAGGCUAUAUUAUGGCAGCAACCUUUCACUCAAUCUGGAUUAAGUCGCACUGAGCCCCGUCGUAGCCAGUGAAAGCGAUACAGGAACAUCUGGCUGGAUUGAGCGCAGCACCAGUCACUCACACACAGCAGCGCUGUAGAUAUUAGAGCAGCAGCCUGUCGCUGCUACAAAGGCGUUUUCUCUUGUGGAGGUGCACACACAGGCGGGUGCGCAGUAGAGGCGAUUCCGCACAGCUGCAGCCACACCGGGACCCUUCAGCCUGCGCUUUCCUGCGCCCUAUUGUUUUCUCUUCGGGGGAGAAGACCCGAGCUGCAUUUCUCCAGUUUGAGGGCAUCACAUGAAGAGUCGUACGUCCUUUAUCUGCUGUUCAUGGAUUUCUUGAAGGGCAUCGCUGGUUUUGCAGGCCGUCUCUUGUUAUAGCAGUGUUUCGGGACACCUGAAUUAUCUCCAAGAGACACCAUCGGUCCCAUUUUGUAAGGCAACAACACUGCUGGAAUGCUCCCCGCUCCCCUGGGAGGACAUGAGCUCAAACACACCCAUCUCUGACUUGGCUUGAUGCUUCAUCUGCAAGUUCUCCCAGGACCAGUCUGGAAGGCUCCAGAUUCCCCUCCUGUGACAGGGGGUUGUGGCUGAAAUCCACCACCAGCCCAGGACCUGCUGCACCGCAAGGUGCAUGAGCCUGACUGAAAAGCCAAAUGGAGUUUCUCCUGGUUUAUCUGAUAGUGCUUGGUGUGGCUGUCAAGGCCCACAAAGUCCAAGUCUGCCCCAAACGCUGUGUUUGCCAGAUGCUGAACCCCAACCUGGCGACUCUGUGUGAUAAAAAGGGGCUGCUGUUCGUGCCCCCGAACAUUGAUAGGCACACGGUGGAGAUGCGCCUCGGGGAUAACUUUGUAACCAGUGUCAAACGCAAAGACUUUGCUAACAUGACUAAGCUAGUAGACCUGACCCUCUCUCGGAACAGUAUAGGCAACAUUGUGCCUCAUGCUUUCAAAGACCUAGAGAAUCUACGAGCUCUUCACCUCGACAGCAACCGACUAACCCGCAUUACCAACGACACCUUCAGCGGCAUGUCCAAGCUGCACCACCUCAUCCUCAACAACAACCAGCUCACCCACAUACAGAUUGGCGCCUUCAAUGACCUCACGGCCCUGGAAGAGCUGGACCUAUCCUACAAUAACCUGGAAGGUGCUCCAUGGGUGGCCAUACAGAGAAUGUCCAAUCUCCACACCCUCAAUCUGGACCACAACAUGAUCAGCUACAUCCCAGAGGGCACCUUCUCUGGCCUGCAGAAGCUAAAAAGGCUGGACGUGACCUCCAACAAGCUCCAGAAACUUCCUCCUGACCCCGUUUUCCAAAGAGCAGGGGUCCUGGCCACCUCUGGGAUAAUGGGACCUACAUCGUUUGCACUGAGCUUUGGAGGAAACCCUCUGAGAUGUAACUGUGAGCUGCUCUGGCUGCGGCGAUUGCGGAGGGAGGAUGAUCUGGAGACCUGUGCCUCACCACAACACCUCGCUGGGCGCUAUUUCUGGACAGUUUCAGAGGAGGAGUUCCUGUGUGAGCCUCCUCUCAUCACCAGGCACUCUCAGGAGCUUCGAGCUUUGGAGGGUCAGAGUGUGAGUCUGCGCUGUAAGGCCAGGGGCGACCCCGACCCCAUUAUUCACUGGAUCGCCCCCGAUGGACGCCUCAUGUCCAAUUCCUCCCGGGCCACGGUCCACACAGACGGCACGUUGGACAUCCUCAUCAGCACUGUGAAGGACUCUGGAUCCUUCACCUGCGUGGCCUCUAAUCCAGCUGGCGAGGCACAGCAGACCGUGGAUCUGGUCAUCGCUAAACUCCCUCACAUCACCAACAACACAGUCGCAGAGCAGGAGCCCGACCCUGGAUCAUCAGAUAUCGCCACAGUGACCAAGACAGGUCCCGAGGCUGGAGGGGUGCCUCUGGGGAACACGAAGCCGAGCCAGGAGAAGAAAGUAGUUAUAGCAGAGGCCACGUCCACCUCGGCCCUGGUCAAGUUUAACUUCCAGAGGAGUAUUCCUGGAAUCCGCAUGUUCCAGAUUCAGUAUAAUGGGUCAUAUGAUGAUUCACUGGUAUACAGAAUGAUCCCUCCAACCAGUAAGGACAUCCUGGUAAACAACCUGGCAGCUGGUACCAACUAUGACUUGUGCGUGUUGGCCAUCUAUGACGACCAGGUGACCUCACUGACUGCCACCAGGGUGAUAGGCUGUGUCCACUUCACCACAGAGCCGCAGUAUCUGAGAUGCCAUUUCAUGCAGUCCCAGUUCCUUGGCGGCACUAUUGUGGUUAUCAUUGGAGGGAUUAUUGUGGCCUCAGUUCUCUCUUUUAUUAUCUUCCUCAUUGUGCGCUACCGGGUGUGUAACCAAGGAGAUGCAGAUAAGGCUCUAGAGAUGGGGGAUAUUCGGUCACUGAGCAGUGAUGGACAGCUACAGGGCUGCGGGAUUCCCAAGUCCCUCUCCAAGCAGGUUCUACGUCCAGAAAAAAAUGACAAGGACUGCCUUCGAGUUUCCCUGCCACCCCCGGAGCCAACCAAGCAACGGCCACCAGUCGUUGUAGCCACAACCAAACCUUGUGUCCCUGACUGCACUGUCUCUACCUCUGCUGCCAGCCACAGCUGGCACCCAGCGUCUCCCGGUGCUCUGAGGCCCAAACGUUCCAAUGCAGCGCCAAAGCCCUCAGAGGCUCGCCGCGCUGAAGCUCAGGCAGAUGUCGAGCUUGACAACAUGAACUGCAAUAACUCGUCAGAGGUGAAAGUGGCUAACACCGUUGCUCUGGCUGUUCCCGGCCAGCCUACCAAGUGGACUGCUGCUCCCAGGGCACCGCGACCACACCAGGCCCCCCGACAUUACAUGACUGUGCCUGCAGGGGCUGCGAGGGUGAACCGCAGACACUCGCUUAACGCAGACUCUUAUAGGGAGCGCUGUUAUGUAGCCUACCCCAAACCUGGGGCUAGUCUUCGUUCCAAGCGCAGCCUAUCGAUGAGUGGAGAGCUGCCGCAGCUUGAGAGCACAACAAAUAUUCAACGGGCCAGAGACAAGCUCUCCAAGUCUGAGUGGCUUCUGGAGAGCACUUUAUGAUUUGGAGUUUAUAACCCGUGCUUUCUUGUUUUCUUGGAUUGGAAUUGUGGCCCGUGGAGGAACAGGCAGGGAUUUUACGCCUUGUUUGGAGCUUUUGCGCUCUCUAUUGAGGGACCUGUAAGCUUCUCUCAUAUAUCUGAGGGCAAGGCAGGCAUACAGGGUUGUGGGGAUCGUUUCAUAUUUGUUUACUACCUUAUAACCUAUCAAAGUCUUCUUUAUUGCGAAAUUUGAUCAAACUUUGAUGAAAGGCACAACAAUGUAUAAAACGACGUCAUGUACAAAAAUGUUUAGUUGUGUGAGAUACUGUAUAUCUCAGUACAACCAUAAGUGUUCAUGUGGUAUUGAAUGCAGUAACCUGGACACUGUAUUAUAACCGGGGAGGAAACAGGCAGGAGGUGGAGUUAAUAUACUCACAGACACAUCGCCUGUUACUUAAAGUGAUACAAUCUCUGUAGACUUUGAACACGAUUCCUGUCUCCAGCUCCACAGACAGAUGGUGACGUGUCUUAAUUACCUUGGCGGUGGUUUGGAGAGAUUACAGACGUGCUUUACAUCCCAGAGGUGUUGGAACAGAAUGUAGUAGACAGACAGAGCUCCAUCUUUUCUUCAGCAACACUCCUAGACACAGCACAAUGCAGCAUAUUUGUGGCACAAGUCGACUCAGCCUUAUACUGCCCUCUGGUUUGAAUCGAUACAUUUUUAUCACAUAAUUACAUAAAGACUCAACUCUGAUAGGAUUCCUGUCAUGACUAAUUUGAGUGACAAUGGAACCAACGCCAACAGCAUGACGCGUGCAGGAAAUAAUCUGAUAUCACAGGUGGAUGCGAUCAGGAGGAACAGUUCAUCUCCAUAUUUUUUACUUACUGACGUUGCCGUGUCACAUUGGUGACAUCCAUUGUAAAUUGACUUGUCGAUGUAAGAGAAACGAUAAUCAAACGUAUGGACGGACGCCAGCUCUUGAUUUUGCUGUUGUUUCUGUUUGAUGUUUACGAGUAUAAAUAAACCAGUGAUGAAAGGGAGA